AUGUCGCGAAAUAGCGCUGUUGGCGGUGAUGAGCGUGUCGUCACACACGCUGUUUUCGGUGAUGACUUCGGUGUCGACGCGAUUUCGUCGCGCUCCGCCUCUUUUCCGAAAGGAAGUGACGUUAGGUUCACAGGUGGUUUUCUCCCAUUCAACGAACGUUAUGUCGCGCAUCUCGUCUAUGGCGUACAAACGGCUGCAGCCGUCGAUUUCUGA